GCGUUGCGUCCACGUCGAAGUCGACAUCGGUGUUGGUAUCGGUGCUGUCGGUGUUGUCGGUGUUGUCGUCGCCAUCAGCCCGGGCUCGAGUUGGUCUCGAAAAAAUAGCACUUAUUAUUAUUAUUAAAUGCCGCGCGGGAAACAACGAAAAACGCUCUACGGAUGCCAAAAGCCCGCACUUCUAAUUUCGCCCACACAACAAUUGCGCACAAUUUUCAGCCUAAAUCUGAAUGACAUUUAACAAUUGAUAGACACAUUGUCGAUGCGCGCGCUUUUGUAACAGGUGUUUCCGUAACAUAGAAAGAACAGAGAACACUUACCCGUGUAUGUGAUAAUUUUUUAAAACAAAAAAUCAAGUGAUAAAACGAAACGAAACUUAGAUAAAACUAAACAACAGUUGACGGGAAAGCGAAAAGUAAAAACAACGAACAUUUUGAUGGUUUGCAAAAGUGUUGACAUAGUCGAUAUCAAGAUGCAGUUGAAGAUGGAAGUGCAGACAACGCCGCAGCAACAGCAACAGCAUCAACAGCAGCAGCAACAACAACAACAGCAGCAGCAGCAACAACUGCAGCAACAGCAACAGCAACAAGUGCUCAGCAAACAACAGCUGCAAUUGCUGGAUAAAAUCAAAAUUGAGCCCAGCAACGGCAGCGAUCCACAGGCGAACAGCGUGCUGGAGGAUCAGCAAGAGCAGCAGCAACAGCCACCUACAGCUGUUGGCGUCCUGGUACAGGCGAGCAGUCAAUCCAGUGACUCAGAUGAGCAGCAGCAACAGCAACAGCAGCAGCACCAGCAACAGCAGUAUGUCGUAGCACCGCGUUCGCAACAACGACGCAUACUUACUACAGCAGGAACACUCGAGUUGAAUGAGACGCGCGAGAGCGAACACAGCGCCAACAAUAGCAACAGCGCCAGCUCGGAAACCCACAUUGAGUAUCAGCGUGGAGCGCACCACUCCCCACAUUAUAUUCAAAUGGCGCCGCGGAAUGUUGCCGAGGUGGGCGAGCAGGUGGCCAAUGCACCACCCGGAACGCUGUAUGCCUAUCCCUCGGGACAGAUUAUUUGCGCCAACGAUGACGUGGCUCCUAUCAAAAUAGAGACCAUCGAGAAGAGCGAUGUGCCCGGCGAGCAGCAACUGCAGCAGCAGCAGCAGCAACACGCGCACCAGCCGCAGCAGCAAUGCCCAACUCCAAAUGGCGUGAUUUACGGUGAUGCCAUUGGUGUCAGUGAGGCUGCACUGCAGCAUCAUCACCAGCAACAACAGCAGCAACAGCAGCAGCAACAGCAGCAGCAGCACCAGCACGCGGUAGCUGCUGCCGCGGCAGCUGUUGGCCACCCGCACGUGCGCUAUGUGACCGAGGACGGACGCUUUGCCACCGCCAGCGGCGAUGCAGAGGCGCCUGGUGCGAAUCUGUAUUAUGAUGCGCCUGUUGUCGAUGCCAACGUGCAGGCGAACGAAUCAAAGACCUAUGCGGAUUUAGGCAAUGCCUAUGCGUUUCCACCCAACUCGACAUACAGCAGCAACAGCUAUGCGGCUACACUGCAGCAGGGCAACACCAUUUACAGUGUGCCGGGCACAGCUCAGUUUAUAACCAAAGGCGAUCCAAACUUGAAUCCGUUGAGGCAAACGGCUGCCGGGCCGUAUCAAACCAUAUCCUUCCUGGAUGGCACGAAUGUCACCGACACCGGCCUCUGGACUACCCCCGGUACCGAAUAUCAAAAUGUUUCAUUUUCGAACUAUCCUCCACAGGUUAUUGAUGACUAUUCCACGGCCAACAUGGGCGCUGGCCAUUGGGCGCCAGCUGGCAGCAUUAGUAACUACGAUCCCAGCAUGUCAGCGACCAAUGCGACGCCCCCUACUUCGCUCAGCUUGCAGGAGAUCAAGUGCGAGACCUGCCAGACGCCAUUUAUGCGCAAAGGCUCGGACUGGCCCAAUUGUCAAAAUUGCACCAGCUAUGUUCGGACACAGGCGGUUCGCCAUGUACCACAGCGCCAAAAGCCAAAGGCAGCCGCCGCACCCAACAACCGUCGCAGCGGCGUCAUCUGCGCCAACUGUCAAACCAACUCGACGACGCUUUGGCGACGCAACAACGAGGGCAACCCCGUCUGCAAUGCCUGCGGGCUCUAUUUCAAGCUGCAUAACAUGAACCGCCCGCUCACCAUGAAGAAGGAGGGUAUACAGAAGCGUAAGCGAAAGCCAAAGAACAAUGGAGGUCCUAUGCCUCAUCGAGCACUGCCAAGCAUGUCACAGGGAGUUAACCUAAUGGUGAGUGGCAGCCCGCUCUAUCCAUCCCAGGUGGGAUUGUUAGGUAGCCAACAGAAUACCAGCCCUGAGCUCCACGAUAUGUCCACAACUGGCCCCGCCGGCCGAGCACAUGUGGUGGCCAUUGCGAUACCCACGGUGCCGACUUCGGAUGGCACCUUGAACAUGUCCCGUCACCAUGUGACUAGCGAGAGCCACUCGCCUUAUAGCCAGCAGCAACAACAACAACAGCAGCAACAACAGCAGCAGCAGCAGCAGCAACAGCAACAGCCUCCAUCACAGAGCCAUUCACCACAUCUGCCCAAUUCAAGCACACUGAACCGUCAGAUUGCUCAAUCUGUUCCUCCAAUCGAAAGUGGGCGCAGCUCCAAUAGCGAGCUGACUCCAACUGUCAUAACGCGCACAGGUCUGCCGGAACGUUCAUCGAAUAACUAAGCCAUACGAUUUAAGCUAAAGUAAACUUUACCAAAAUGUCGAUAGUGACCAAUUAUUUAUAUAAGCCAAAUUUAGCCAAGAAAUGCCCAAGUCCCAGUUAAAAAAUGUUGCAAAU